AUGUCCGUCCAGCACAAGAUUUUCCGUACCGCGAAUGCGCCUACCACACCUCCCGAUGAGACCGAAACUAGCGUCGCGCAGGCCCUGAUCGACCUCGAAAACAACGUCCCUGACCUUAAGUCAGAACUACGACCGCUGCAGAUUUCCGCAGCUCGUGAAGUCGAUGUUCGUGGUGGAAAGAAGGCCAUCGUCAUUUUUGUCCCUGUACCGCAAUUGAAAGCAUUCCACAAGGUGCAGCAGAGGCUAACCAGGGAGUUGGAGAAGAAGUUUUCAGAUCGUCAUGUCGUAUUUGUUGCACAGCGCAGGAUGCUACGCAAGCCCACUCGCAACUCGCGGGUCAAGCAGAAGAGGCCUCGCUCCCGUACUCUUACCAAUGUCCACGAAAAGAUCCUCGAGGACCUUGUUUUCCCCACGGAGAUCGUUGGUAAGAGGACGCGAGUGGCCACGGACGGCUCAAAACUUCUCAAAGUUUUCCUGGACUCGAAAGAUGCUACGUCGCUUGAGUACAAGCUGGACUCAUUCUCUUCAGUAUACCGUCGCCUGACAGGGAAAGACGUCGUGUUCGAGUUCCCGGUGCAGGUGCAGGAGUAG